AUUACAUUUCAAGGGUCAAAGGUCACUUUUUCAUCUGACAAUUGUACUUGUUUUUUUGUAUAUUUUUUCAUAUUUUACAUAGAUGUAUGACCUAGUUGUACUCACCUAUUUGACCUAUAUGUUAUAUGUUACAUAACAUCAUACAUUCUCCAGAAUAGUACAUUUACCAUUAGUGCUUGAUCACAUGUCACAUUUACAUGGUUACAUGGUUAUUUUAUUAGUCAUUUUACAACACAUUGUUGUAUAAUAAAAUACAAGUUAUAGUUGUCUUUAUGCUACUAAAAACAAACAAAUAAGUACACAAACUAUAUUCAGUAAAUAGUGAUAAAUGAGUCCUAAAAUAUGUAAUAUAUUUUAAUUUAAUAUGGUAUUUUUUAAUUUUACUUUGAUCAAUUAUUUUUGUAUUUCUCAUCAUGUUCUUUCUCACCUUAAUGAAGUAACAUUCUGAAUGCUUUUUCAAGCAGCAGGCCAAGUGGAAGGAUGUAUAACCUAAUAAAAACCUGUAUGUUCCAUGACAUCUGGUUACUCACCAAGGCCAUGUGCACUGGCCAAUCAACUGUGUGUCAGUCUAUGUAAUCUCGUAAACUAAUAGAAAGUGGGACAAUUAAUGUGUCACUUGUGGUUGAAACAUCAGAUUAACACAGUGCCGCCUGCAAUGGAUUGGUCCUUUGCUGCCCCAUCUGCCGUUAGCUUGCCCUGCAAAUCCAAUUAUGUUCUUAUGCUACCUAGUCUAAAAAUAGUUGAAAAUGAGGGAAAACGCAGAAACAAGACGUCAUUAGUUGUGAGCGCAGAGCAAAUUAUGUUAUGGAGUUGAUGUGUCCUUUCUGUGGAGACAAUUGAGUUGUCAAGAGGAGAUGAGGGUGUGCAGCGCUCGGACGAGGGAGAGGUGGGUGGAAUGGCAGCAGGGGAUGCAUAAGAGGAAGGAGGAUUAGGUUCAGAGUGGUGGAUGUCUGAAGGAACUUAAGAAGAAUCUCUUCAGAUACUGGAUGAAAUAAGCAGGAUGGGUACAUUUGUGACCCUGGCAGAGGUGCUGGAAGCCCGGGGUUCACCACUGGAUGAGGAUGAGGUCUGGUGUCUGCUGCUUGCCACCACUGAGGCCUUACUGGACAUUUCCAGAAAAGGUUCAGGCAACAUGUGCAGUGUGCUGAGCCCAGGCUCGGUGCUACUGUCAGCCAAUGGGAGUCUGGCCUUUAAAAGCUGUGCCAGAUACGAAGACGUGGCCUCCUUCACAGCUCCUGAGGUCCAGCAGGGUCACGCUGCCUCCACCAGGACAGCCGCUGAAAAGAUGGUUGUGUACUCACUGGGGAUGACUCUUUAUUGGUGCGUUGAUUAUCAUCUACCUCAAAACCAGCCGGUCCAGCUGAGUGCAGAGCUGGAGGGUUUGCUGCUGAGCAUGUGCGAGGACAUGGUGGUUAGACGAACCAAUCUGCUGCCGGUGCUGGAGUCCUGCGAGCUUCACCACAAGGCCUCGAUGAUGCCUCCUGCCGAACAGCUCGUCAGGCAGCUGGUGGAAGAUGUCUACAGAAACUCAGUUGAUCAUGUGUCCAUGGCUGAAAAUGGAUCCCAGCUAACAGACCGCAGUCAAAUGGUCAGGGAUAGAUUACACAGAGGCUCUUUUAGCAACUCAACAUGGGCGCUGAAGAAGAAGAUUUCUAGAACGUUCUCUGGAGCAUCUAAUCCAUGCGAGCCUACAGGGAUUCCCUCAGGAGGUCGACACAGGGAGAGUUACGGCAGCUGGCAGCAGCUGAACCGCAACCCCUGCAGUCCGUACAUAGAUGGCAAUCGAAACGCCAACUCAAGAUCCAUCCCACAGUUCGAGUCCGCAAUGAGUCUGAGUGACAAGAAAAUGAAGGAUAUGGGUCCUGAGUUUAUUAGGAUGUUAGAUGAGCCGCUGGUUGUCUUGGAGCUGCCUGGAUCCAUUGUGUCAAAGAAAGGGAAAUCUCCAACCACUCAGAGAGAGCUGAGUGUAGUAAUGCCAAACGGUCAGAGCAUCAUGGUCAAGUGUGAGUUGAAAUCCAGAGGAGGAGACGUCUUUGAUAUGAUCGUGGCUCACUCCAACCUGAUGGAACAUUUCUACUUUGGCCUUGCCUAUAUUGACGAUAAUGAAUUCUUCUUUGUGGACAACGAUACCAAGAUUUCCAAAGUUGCUCCAGAUAGCUGGAAGAAAGUGCCUACAACCACCUUUGUCCUUUUCUUCAGGGUCAAAUUCUUUGUCACUGACAUUUCUCUUCUUUUGCACAAACAGACCCGCCACCAGUAUUACCUCCAGCUCAGGAGAGACCUUUUGGAGGACAGGCUGUCCUGCCAUGAGGAGACGGCUCUGUACCUGGGAGGUCUGGCCCUACAGACGGAGUGUGGAGACUGCAUGCCUGAGGUGUAUGGUAGGAACUACUACCGCCCUGACCAGUACGUCUCCAAGAGUGUGAUGGAGAAACGUGCCUUGCCUUACAUUCAGGGGGAGCUGCUGCGACUUCACACCAACAACGCUCAGAUGCUUGCUGACGAAUCAGAGCUUGAGUUCCUCAAGGUGUGUCAGCAGUUGCCUGAAUACGGCGUGCUGUUCCACCGUGUGAUGCGUGAGAAAAAGCCUCUAGAAGGAGAGAUCAUCCUCGGGGUUUGUGCCAAAGGAGUCAUCGUCUACGAGAUUAAAGACGGCGGCAGAUCUACCAGUCAGAAUUUUUACUGGAGGGAGACAGCAACAAUCUCCUCUACUAGGCGUAAAUUUGUAGUCGAGAGCCGGGGCAGCAAGAAGAAGUACACCUUCAUCACAGAGAGAUCCAAGAUUGCCAAAUAUCUGUGUAACCUCUGCUCGGCCCAGCACAAGUUCAACAAUGAGAUGACCUCUCGCCAGCUCACCCACAGCCUGGUCUCAGAGGAGAACAUCGUGCAGUAUGCUGCAGUGUGUCGGGCUCAGAGCAGCCGCCACAAGUCCUACUCCUGUUCAGAGACGCCACAGGAUGACAGCGGUCUGACAACGCCUCAGGAUGAGUCCCUGAACAAGCUCUGCGAUGAUGUCGCAGCCAGGAUCGAGACCCGUAUUAAACUGCAGCGCCAGAGCCUCAAUGAGCAGAGUACCUGCUCCAGCAGUCAGCGCAGCAGCACUGGAAUGCAUUCCCCAUCCUGCUCUCAGAGGAGCGGAUCCGAAGCUCCUUCUGGCUCCCCGGCAGCCAGAGAAACCCCAACAAAACUAGGGCCGCCAUCAGAGAGAGAAGUCAUAUGUGUGUCUUUAAAGAAAGAUCCAAAGCUUGGCCUGGGUAUAGUGAUAGUGGGAGAGGACACUGUGGGACAUUAUGACUUGGGCAUCUUUGUUGCUUCCAUUGUGCCUAAUGGACCUGCUGAUAAAGAUGGACGCAUCCGACCAGGCGGUCGUCUGAUCUCUCUGAACCACAUCAGCCUGGAGGGCGUCACCUUCAGCGAGGCAGCGGAGGUCAUGCAGAGCAGCCCUGAGGAGGUGCAGCUCAUUAUCUCACAGCCAAAAGUCCUCGUCAGUCCCAACACCGUACGCUCUCCUGUGAUGAGGAAUUACGAGUCCCAGACCACGCUAAUGACAGACGGCCGAUCAGGAGAUCAGGAGAGCUUGGAUGAGACUGUGUCAGUCAUGAUGACACCGAAGACUGGCAACAGGCUUCACGUCCCCCGAGAAGUACGAGUCCUCAGUGCACAGGACAGCUGCUCUCCGUCUCCCCCCCUAAACUGUGUGAGGCCGCAGGAGAUCACCGUGGAGCUCAGAAAGAUAUCAGGAAGUCUGGGCCUCAGCAUCUCUGCUGGCAACACAAACCUCCCUAAUGGAGGAAUCUACAUAAGAAGCCUUGUUCCAGGAGGGGCUGCUGAGAGAGAUGGACAUCUACAUGCAGGUGAUAGAGUGUUGGAGGUGGACGGGAUAAGCUUCCAAGGGUUUACUUACCAGCAGGCUGUGGGAUGCCUGAGUAAAACUGGGGAGGUGGUAACCAUGGUUGUGGAGAGGGAGCUGAUGAACCGAGCCAGGGUUUCUCUCAGUGCAGACACCAGCAGCAGUGUAUCCAAUCAGAGCAUCAGUCCAGCUAACAGCCCACAAAAGAUCAACAGCUGUUCAUCCAUCAGUACUCCUCCAAACACGAUCUCUGACCGGCCCAGGGACUACAGCUUUGUCACUGAUGAAGGCUGGAGAGGACAUGCAAACAACACCCAGGAAGUGACUCUGACCAGAAGUGCCAACGGCCUUGGCUUCAGCUUCCUAAUGUGCGAGCUGGAUCCGCCCACUCAGGACUUUGGCAGCCUUGUCCGGAUAAAGCAGCUUUUCCCCGGCCAGCCAGCCGAGCAGAGCGGCCGGAUCCAGGAGGGAGACAUUCUGCUGGCCAUCAAUGGCCAGCCACUCAAGGAGCUGUCAUAUCCAAAGGUGCUAAAGCUGUUUAAGACUUCACCACCUGAGGUUCGACUGACUCUCUGUCGGCCUGCACCAGGGGUCCUUCCUUCCGUUGAUCAGUUUAUCGGCACAUGAGUGACAGCACAGUGUCAUACAGUGGAAGAAUCAAUGGAUCCUGAUCAAUCAGGACGUGGUGAUGGAGACCGAGGACAGAAUGAACGAUAUCGGUGUUCUGAUCGGUGCAUUAAGCUGAUCUUAUCAAUGAACUCAGACCCUGCCGAAAGGCAUAACGACGAAACAGUGAGAGAAUGCGGGAGCCAAGAGGUUGGAGGCUGAACAUGCAAGGAUUUGAGGAAGCAUUCAUUAAAUAAAAAUGAAAUCCAAGAGACAUUUUGUUGGCGCCAAAAGAAGAAGGCGACUUAAAUAAACUGUAAAAGAAUUACUGGUGUCGAUUUCGAUGAGGACAGAAAAACUCCACACGUGCUGAAGUUGUUCCAUCUUGAAAUGACAAAGCAAACUGUGAAUGCCAUUUAUCUAUCAUUAAAUGGAAUUUAGUCUUCA